AUGUCGGCACCAAACCCUGCCUUUAGUGACACGGAAGGCCUCACCAAGAAACUUCGACCAAUUACACCCAAUUUGGUUCAGAAAACCCACAGUGCUUCCUACUCGACCCUAUCGCCCCUUCGUCCUCAGCUGAAUCAGUCUGGGAAGACAGUCCUCGUCGUCGGCGCCUCCGCUGGGAUAGGACUUGCCAUCACCAGGGCUUUUGCGGAGGCCUCGGCCUCUAAGAUUAUUCUUACUGGUCGCCGCAGUGACGCCCUAUUGGAUGCCGCUUCUAAGCUUUCAAGCGAGUUCACCAAAACCAAGUUCAUUGCUCGAGUCUGCGAUGUCGGAAACGUUGCCGAGUCCGCCGCUCUCUGGUCCGGCCUCCGCACCGAUGGCAUUUUCGUCGAUGUUCUCGUGCUGAAUGCGGCGAAAUUUGGAAAUCAACAGUCUCUGUUGGAAGCCGACCUUGAUACGACCUGGUCUCUGUACGAAACCAACGUGAGGACAAUCUUGGACUUUACCCAGCGACUUUAUCGGCAGGAAGGAUUUGUAGACAGACAAAAGUUCAUCAUUUACGUUUCAACUGCUGCAAUCCAUAGUCGGGCCUUAGCAGCCUCCCUGCCAACCUAUUCUAUAAGCAAAAUGUCUGGCCAUCUCCUGUUGCAGAAAAUUUCCGAAGAGGUAGACCGGAACAAGCUCCAGAUUAUUAGCUUCCACCCUGGCUUAAUUCUCUCCGAUGCGGGCAGAACGGCAGGUCUCAAUGAGAAUAGUCUUCCCUUUGAUAACGAAAAUUUGCCUGCGCAUUGGGCUGUCUGGGCAACAACAUCCGAAGCGGCAUUUUUGCAUGGCCGUUUCGCCUGGGCGGCCUGGGAUGUGGAUGAACAGAGGUCUGGAGAAGUCAAGAAACGCAUAGAGAACGACCCUGAUUUCCUCACUGUCGGGUUUCUGGGUUUAUAA